AUGGACCAGACAAUAACAUCUCAACGAACAACUACAACAAAGCGACAGGCUUGGUUUCGACCGGUAGCAAUGCGUAUAUUUCUUUGGGGAAUAAAUACCAUUCAAGUCACAACGUGUACUUUGGUGACAAGACGGUGGUCCUGUCUGAACAUGAAGUGA